AUGAGAAAUAGCCGGCCAUCGUCGUUCGUCCCCUUCUUGAAUUUCAUUUACAGACGCUCACUUUCUUUGCAUAUUUAUUCACGAUCAAUUCACUUUUUCAGGUUCAAAAGCAAAAAUCCAGAAGAUCCGAAUGAGGUUCCAAAUGGUUUCCUCUCCGAUGUGAAUAAGGAUUCUCUCACGGUCCUUCACAACGUGCUGAUUGAUAGAUCAAUAGCGAAUUCAAAGGUGUACGAUCGUUUUCAAUUUGAACGUGUCGGGUAUUUUUGCGUAGACCAGGACACCGUUCCAGGAAAGGUGAGCAAUGCCUGUGAGAGUGUGUUUCCCUUGCAACCUGCAAUCUUUUCUGCCCUUCCGCGUGACGUCUUGCACAUUCUCUUAUGGCUUAUCAUACAGUAUUUGCUCUGUAGACGUCAGUUUCGCGUAAUAAAGCGCAUCUCAUGA